GCCCCUCUCCUUCCCGAUUCGACUGCUAAACCCUAACAUCAAUUCCCACUCCAUCCACCUCGGGCCGCUACCGCCGCCGCCGAGAUGCCGCCCAAGUUGGACCCGACCCAGAUCGUCGAAGUGUUCGUGCGCGUCACCGGUGGUGAGGUCGGGGCAGCCAGCUCUCUCGCGCCGAAGAUCGGCCCUUUGGGUCUCUCCCCGAAGAAGAUCGGAGAGGACAUAGCCAAGGAGACGGCCAAAGACUGGAAGGGCCUUCGAGUCACGGUCAAGCUCACCGUCCAGAAUCGCCAGGCCAAAGUCGCCGUCGUCCCCUCCGCCGCGGCCCUCGUCAUCAAGGCCCUCAAGGAGCCCGAGCGCGACCGCAAGAAGACCAAGAACAUCAAGCAUAACGGAAAUAUCUCACUGGACGAUGUUAUCGAGAUCGCCAGGGUGAUGCGCCCCAGGUCCAUGGCCAAGGACCUCUCCGGCACCGUCAAGGAGAUUCUCGGAACUUGCGUGUCCGUAGGCUGCACCGUCGACGGCAAGGACCCCAAGGACCUUCAGCAGGAGAUCUCCGAUGGUGAAGUAGAGGUUCCUCUUGAGUAAUUCUAGGUUAUUUUUACAUUUAUGAUCAUUUUGCUUUAAAUCGCUAAAGUAGUUUUGUCGUAUUUGAUCUGGUUAUCGGCGAGAAUCUCAGCAGUUAUAUUUGCAAUCGAAACAUUUUGUAUUCUCGAUAAAUCUAUAUUGUCAGGUUUAUGCUUAUUUGUGGCUCA